AUGGAAUUAUCCUAUAAUCAGUUUAUCGAUUCAAUUUCAAUUACUCUAGGUGACUUAACUGAGCUCAAAUUUUUGUAUCUUUAUUCUAACCAACUUUCUGGUCUCAUUCCUAGUGAGUUGGGGAAUCUGAAAAACCUCACUCAUCUGGAAUUAUCCCAUAAUCAGCUUACCGGGUCAAUUUCAAUUACUCUAGGUGACUUAACUGAGCUCAAAUUUUUGUAUCUUCAUUCGAACCAACUUUCUGGUCCCAUUCCUAGUGAGUUGGGGAAUUUGAAAAACCUCACUGAUUUGGAAUUAUCCAAUAAUCAACUUAGUGGUUCAAUUCCAAUUACUCUAGGUGACUUAACUGAGCUCAAAUUUUUGUAUCUUUAUUCUAACCAACUUUCUGGUCCCAUUCCUAGUGAGUUGGGGAAUCUAAAAAACCUCACUGGUUUGGAUUUAUCCGAUAACCAACUUAGUGGUUCAAUUCUAAUUACUCUAGGUGACUUACCUGAGCUCAAAUUUUUGUAUCUUGAUUCUAACCAACUUUCUGGUCCCAUUCCUAGUGAGUUGGGGAAUUUGAAAAACCUCACUCAUUUAGAAUUAUCCCAUAAUCAGCUUACCGGGUCAAUUUCAAUUACUCUAGGUGACUUAACUGAGCUCAAAUUUUUGUAUCUUCAUUCGAACCAACUUUCUGGUCCCAUUCCUAGUGAGUUGGGGAAUUUGAAAAACCUCACUGAUUUGGCAUUAUACAGUAACCAGCUUAUUGGUUCAAUUCCAAUUACUUUAGGUGACUUAACUGAGCUCAAAAUUUUGUAUAUUUAUUCUAACCAACUUUCUGGUCCCAUUCCUAGUGAGUUGGGGAAUCUGAAAAACCUCACUCAUAUGGAAUUAUCCCAUAAUCAGCUUAUCGGUUCAAUUUCAAUUACUCUAGGUGACUUAACUGAGCUCAAAUUUUUGUAUCUUUAUUCUAACCAACUUUCUGGUCCUAUUCCUAGUGAGUUGGGGAAUCUGAAAAACCUCACUCAUAUGGAAUUAUCCCAAUAA